CAUAUUCUUUACUUGUGGAUGCUUCAAUUCCAUUUCAUGCUUCUCUGUUUUUCUUUUGUUUUGUUAUCUUCUUUCAAAAUUAACCUCUUCAAUGGCAACUCUUGGUGACAUUGGGGUCUCAGCAUUCAUAAAUAUACUGACUGCUUUUGCAUUUUUACUGGCUUUUGCUCUGCUCAGAAUCCAGCCAGUCAAUGACAGAGUUUACUUCCCCAAAUGGUAUAUCAGUGGAGAAAGAAGUAGCCCAAGAACAAGAGGUGUUGCCAAAUUUGUUAAUCUUAAUUUCACCACUUACUUCACUUUCUUGAACUGGAUGCCCCAAGCCAUGAGAAUGUCUGAAUCCCAAAUUAUUAGCCAUGCUGGUCUUGAUUCUGCUCUUUUCCUCAGGAUUUACUCUCUUGGUUUGAAGAUUUUUGUGCCCAUCACCAUUCUGGCACUCCUAAUUCUAAUUCCAGUCAAUGUAUCAAGUGGAACGCUAUUCUUCUUAAGGAAAGAAUUGGUUGUAAGUGACAUCGAUAAGCUCUCAAUAUCCAACGUUCGUCCCAAAUCCAUUAGAUUCUUUGUUCACAUAGCCUUGCAAUACUUGUUCACGUUAUGGACAUGCUUCUUGCUUUACAAGGAAUAUGAUAUUGUAGCAUCAAUGAGGUUGCGCUUCUUGGCUUCACAGCGCAGGCGUGCUGAACAGUUCACGGUAGUAGUGAGGAAUGUGCCUCAUGUUUCUGGUCAGUCGAUAUCAGAUUCAGUGGAUCAAUUUUUCAAAACAAACCACCCAAAUACGUACCUUUGUCAUCAGGCAGUUUAUAAUGCAAAUAAAUUUGCAAAACUUGUGAGGAAACGGGAUAGGCUCCGAAAUUGGCUGGAGUAUAACCAGCUGAAGUUUGAAAGGCAUCCAGACAAAAGGCCCACCGGAAAGAGGGGAUUUUUGGGACUUUGGGGCGAAAAAGUUGAUUCCAUUGAGUACUAUAAACAGCAAAUUAUUGAACUAGAAAAAAAGAUGGUUAUGGAGCGCCAGAAAAUACUCAAAGACUCAAAAUCUACAUUGCCAGUUACUUUUGUUUCAUUUAAUUCACGUUGGGGGGCUGCUGUGUGUGCACAAACACAACAAAGCAAGAACCCAACACUUUGGCUGACGAAUUGGGCACCAGAACCUCGUGAUAUUUAUUGGCGUAAUCUGGCUAUACCAUUUGUUUCAUUGAGUAUCCGGAAGCUUAUAAUAUCUUUAUCGGUGUUUGCUUUGGUGUUCUUUUACAUGAUACCCAUUGCUUUUGUGCAAUCCCUUGCAAAUUUAGAGGGUCUUGAAAAAGUUGCUCCUUUCCUCAGGCCUGUAAUAGAGCUGAAAUUCAUCAAGUCAUUUCUACAAGGUUUCCUUCCCGGUCUAGCACUUAAAAUCUUUUUGUACAUUCUACCAACGAUUCUGAUGAUAAUGUCAAAAAUUGAGGGAUACAUUGCGGUUUCAAGUUUAGAACGUAGAGCAGCAGCAAAAUAUUAUUACUUUAUGCUGGUGAAUGUUUUCUUGGGGAGCAUUAUAACCGGUACAGCUUUUCAGCAGCUGCAUUCUUUUCUGCAUCAAUCACCAACCCAGAUUCCGAGAACAAUUGGAGUUUCCAUACCAAUGAAAGCUACCUUUUUCAUAACAUAUAUAAUGAUUGAUGGAUGGGCUGGUAUAGCUGGUGAGAUCCUCCGACUGAAGCCAUUGGUGAUAUUUCAUCUGAAGAACAUGUUUUUGGUAAAAACGGAAAGAGACCGAGAGAAGGCCAUGGAUCCUGGUAGUGUGGACUUCCCAGAGACUCUCCCUAGCCUCCAACUCUACUUCCUCUUGGGGAUUGUUUAUGCAGUGGUUACUCCAAUCCUGCUUCCCUUUAUACUAGUUUUCUUUGCCUUGGCAUACUUGGUUUAUCGCCAUCAGAUAAUCAAUGUGUACAACCAACAAUAUGAGAGUGCUGGUGCAUUCUGGCCACAUGUUCACAGCCGUAUAAUUGCAAGUUUGUUGAUAUCUCAGCUUCUAUUAAUGGGUUUGCUGAGUACGAAAAAGGCUGCUAAUUCCACCCCUUUGCUGGUUAUCUUGCCUAUAUUGACAUUAGCCUUCCACAAAUACUGCAAGAAUCGCUUUGAACCUGCAUUUAGAAAGUAUCCGCUGGAGGAAGCCAUGGCGAAGGACAUAGCAGAUCGGACUGGAGAACCUGAUCUCAACUUAAAAUCAUACUUGGCCGAUGCUUACUUGCACCCGAUUUUCCAUUCAUUCGAGCAGGAAGAAGAGUUGGUACAGGUGAGAGUAGACAAAUGCCAAUCAAAUACUGAACCACAACAAGUCGACUCCCGUCCUCAUCAACUCUAUCAUCCUUCUUCCCCACAAAAUGUAGAUCACUCUUCAUCUCCACCUCAACAUUUCUAUCAUUCUUCGUCGCCACCAAAUGUGCAUCAUCCUCCAUCUCCACCUCAACAUUUCUAUCAUUCUCCGUCGCCACCAAAUGUACAUCAUUCAUCUCCACCUCAUCAUUUCUAUCAUUCUUCGUCGCCACCUCACUACAUUUACCACUCCUCCCAACCUCAUUAUCCCAAUUAUUAUGACAAUGAACCCUGAACAUAACCAAGAACCGAGAGCCCCCCCUUUCUGCCCACUUAGAGACGUAAAAUCUACAGAAUGGAUUUGCUAACCAUUUUAUUUUUUUAUUUUCUCUACUGCUGACACUGUUUAUUGAGAUAGCAUCCCCUUCAUUUGUAAUUAUGCAUGUUUGAUUGCUAGGAACUUGUAUGUGAAUACGAAACUCUACUGAUGCGAGUAAAAGAGUGCAAACACAAACCAAAUUGAAUAACCGAACCAUACCGACAAAUUCAGUUUGGUUCAGUUUGACAUUAAAAAUAUGUUUGGUUUUUUUUGGUUUGUUUGGAUUUUGGAAGUACAAAAGUUUCAGCUCAGUUUCAGCACAAACCAAAAUGAAAAAUUAACCAAAUCAAAAAGGCUGACUGGUUUGUAUUUUAAAUUAUUAUAUAUAUUGUUCGGUUCGGUUUGAACGGGAUCAAGAUGUCCA